AAAAACCAGGAAGUUAAAAGUGGAUGCAGAGGCGAGCACAGACGGGGCUAGGGGGCACUCUGUUUUCAGAGAAAGUUGAGAGUGCUGGCAACAGCAGCUGAAAUAUAAAGAAGUUGCAGGAUUAACUUUUUCGCCCAAAGCAGCUUCAGCCUACGUUUCAUUCCCAUCAACGGAGGGAGAAUGGGUGCCGCUGAGUGGGCGGGGGAGUAGUCUCUGAAAGGAGGUGGAGCGCUACAGCCCCUCCCCGUUGGCUCUUGCUGUUUGUACACUGUUGGUUUAUACUAAUUUGACAACAGCCGGCUAUUGAGUCGCCUUUUGAUCGCAGCUGAAGGAUCUGUUGAGGGCUUCAGGAAAGGCGGUGAGAUCCGGAUAGGCGACAUUGACCCACGGUGAAGAUCUCUGGAGACCAUGGCUAAGAAAAGAAUUGCUGUGAUUGGGGGAGGAGUGAGCGGGCUCUCUUCCAUCAAGUGCUGCGUAGAAGAAGGCCUGGAACCUGUCUGCUUUGAAAGGACUGAUGACAUCGGAGGGCUCUGGAGGUUCCAGGAAAAUCCUGAAGAAGGAAGAGCCAGUAUUUACAAAUCAGUGAUCAUCAAUACUUCUAAAGAGAUGAUGUGCUUCAGUGACUAUCCAAUCCCAGAUCAUUAUCCUAACUUCAUGCAUAACGCCCAGGUCCUGGAGUAUUUCAGGAUGUAUGCCAAAGAAUUUGACCUUCUAAAGUACAUUCGAUUUAAGACCACUGUGUGCAGUGUGAAGAAGCAGCCUGAUUUUUCAACUUCAGGCCAAUGGGAAGUGGUCACUGAGUCUGAAGGGAAAAAGGAGAUAAAUGUCUUUGAUGGAGUCAUGGUUUGCACUGGCCAUCACACCGAUGCUCAUCUACCUCUGGAAAGCUUCCCUGGAAUUGAGAAGUUCAAAGGGCAGUACUUCCACAGUCGAGACUAUAAGAACCCAGAGGGAUUCACUGGAAAGAGAGUCCUUAUAAUUGGCAUUGGGAAUUCUGGAGGGGAUCUGGCUGUAGAGAUUAGCCACACAGCCAAGCAGGUUUUCCUCAGCACCAGGAGAGGGGCUUGGAUCCUGAAUCGUGUAGGGAACUAUGGAUAUCCUUUUGAUGUGUUGUUCUCUUCUCGACUUACAUAUUUUAUGUGGAAGAUCUGUGGCCAAUCAUUAGCAAACAAAUAUAUGGAAAAAAAGAUGAACCAAAGGUUUGACCAUGAAAUGUUUGGCCUGAAGCCUAAACACAGAGCUCUGAGUCAGCAUCCAACCGUAAAUGAUGACCUGCCAAAUUGUAUCAUUUCUGGCUUGGUGAAAGUGAAAGGAAAUGUGAAGGAAUUCACGGAGACAGCUGCCAUAUUUGAGGAUGGCUCCAGGGAGGAUGACAUUGAUGCUGUUAUCUUUGCCACAGGCUAUCGCUUUGCCUUUCCAUUUCUGGAAGAUUCUGUCAAAGUGGUCAAAAACAAGAUAUCCUUGUAUAAAAGGGUCUUCCCUCCUAAUCUGGAAAGGCCAACUCUUGCAAUCAUAGGCUUGAUUCAGCCCUUAGGAGCCAUUAUGCCCAUUUCAGAGCUCCAAGGACGCUGGGCCACUCAGGUAUUUAAAGGGCUAAAGACAUUGCCCUCACAGAGUGAAAUGAUGGCAGAAAUAUCUAAAACUCAAGAGAAAAUUGAAAAAAGGUAUGUGGAGAGCCAACGCCAUACCAUUCAGGUAGACUACAUAGAUACCAUGGAAGACCUUGCUGAUUUGGUGGGGGUCAGGCCCAAUCUGCUGUCUCUGGCCUUCACUGACCCCAAGCUGGCAUUACACUUAUUCCUGGGACCCUGCACUCCAAUCCACUAUCGCCUACAGGGCCCUGGAAAGUGGGAUGGGGCUCGAAAAGCUAUCCUCACCACAGAUGAUCGCAUCAGGAAGCCUCUGACAACAAGAGCAGUUGAAAGGAGUAGUUCUAUGACUUCAACAAUGACAAUGGGCAGGUUUAUGCUAGCUCUUGCCUUCUUUGCUAUAAUUAUAGCUUAUUUCUAGUUGUCCUAUUGUCACUGCCCUGUUUUUCAUUGGGCAGCGUUAUCUACAGAUGCCUUCAGAAUCUGACAAGAUUGACUCUCAGUUUCAUAUUGCCCAGAAAUCUACUUUAAUGUCUCUUUCAAAAGCAUUAAUUCACUCUCCUUUUUCCUACAAUGAAACCUGUUUUUCAUUUGUAGUAACUCAUCUCCCUUCCACUCGUGAUCCAUCACUCUUCCUUGUGGUAAUCCCUAGACUGUGAGCUCAGGUAGUCUUUUAGUCAUCUUUGUAUGUCUUUAGCAGAGUUCUUGACAUGUGGUAGAUGCUUCAUAAAUGUUUGUUGUUUAUCAAAUUUUAUGGUAGGGAGAGUAAGUCAGCAUCUGUGUAAAAUCGCUUACUCCACGUAAUUCUUCUGAUAGGAUUUGAUUUUCUAUUAGAAGCUCAAUUUUUGUUUUUUUUUCAUAUUAUAACUAAAUGUUUCCUAAGAGAUAAGAGAAAUAAUGUUCUUACAAUAGUUGUAUGUAUCUAAGAUAAGACAUAGAUGCUUAAGACAUUUUGUUUCAUUUGCCGUUCAUUAGUGUACUUGAUACAUGGUCAUUUUUAGCCCUUUUCCUUAGGGACCAUGUCUUUAUUUUCUCAAUAAAGAAAUUACUUUCAACUUUCUAGGCUCACAGUCAUUCAGAUAAUCUACCAUCUGCCAAUGAGAUCAACUUGGUUAAGAAUUUUGGGAUUUUAAAUUAGCUGUCCUACCUUCUUAAAUCUCUUUGUUCCCAUAUUAGGAUCCAGCACAACUUUAUCUUAGGAAAUAUGAUAAGUAGCUUCCAACCGUUGUAGUGUGGUCUACAAAUGUGAUUUGAUUCAUCUUCCCCCACUCUAAUUUUCUCCCCUUUUCUCCUCCCUUACAUGGAGUCUAAGUAAUAAGUAUUUGAACAAGUCAUUUAUGUAUUAAAUUAGAAUUGAUAUUAACUAAAUGUACGAACAUUCUGCUUAUACCAGUUUUUCUCAUGUCAUAAAGUGUAGUUCUGAAAAACAGAGCAAAUGAAAUGCAAAGCAGGGACUUAGGUUUACACCCUAGCGCCACUGAUGAUUCUGUUUUCUCAUCUGUGGAAGUUUCACUGUCCUUGUUUCAUGGAGAAAUUAACUAAGUGUCAGCUGUCAGGCACACUGAACUCAGGUGAUAUUCAUAAAUAGCUCUUGUAUAAUAUGUUUGUAUUUGGAUUGCUGUUUAUUACUUAACAACAGGAGAAAUCUGAACAAUGGAGAAGAACAACAUUAGAGAUUAUUGUCUUUCCAAAUACAAGCACAUGUAAGAGAACCAGAAAUGUGAGAACUACAAUGUCUUCUUGUUUAAGCAUUUGGACAAUUGCCUACCCUUUCACUGAAUUUACCUGUGGAAUGCCUUUUGAGAGUUAGAACUGAGAAUUGGUAUUACUUUUCAGGUCUUUUGCUUUCCGUAAUCCUUGUGAUACUGGAGAUUUAUCAUCUAUUAAAAUGGACCUAGUAUUUUUAAAUCUGCAGAUCAAAAGCAAAUUGAAUGUCUCUUGCUUCCUUUUAAUUUCUUUUAACAUAUAAAUUCAUUUCUCUUUUAGCAUAUAAAUUUGUUGAAUUAACAGCCCUUUCAUAAUAUAAUUCCUAGUUAUUGGCAACAAGUACACCAGUUUCUUUUUAAAAUCAGGAGUAUGUAAUUCUAAAUUAAUUGAUUCUCUCAUUAUACAUAUUAUAUGUAAGGUUACAAAAAAAAUCAUUGGUUAAUGAUUUUUUAGCUCAACCAAGCUAAAAGUAAGAUGUGAACAGGAAAUUGAACUAAAAACAACUUAAGAUACAAAGUUCUUGUUACUGAUAAUGUCUAAUAAUAUUCAUCAAUUUACCAUAUCUUGCUCUUACAUUAAAAUGUUCUAUCAUUUUCCUAAUUAUUUUAAAGCCGAUUACAAAUAUAUAUAUAUAUUCUUGUAGUGCCAGAAAAUAAGGAAGUGCUCAAAAAGCAAACUCAAUGGCAUAUGUCAAAGGGACACAAGAGCCAUCUCAAAGUGGUCCCAAUGGCCAAAGCUAGAAUAAUUUGAGCAAUAAAAUCACCUAGUAUUGAAUUAUAACAUAAAAUAUGAAAAAUGCCCAUGAGUUCAUGCUGAUAUAAAUAAAUGAUUGAAUAAAUUAAUAAAUGGGGUAGAAUAGAUGAAUCUCCCAUGAAGAAGAAUUCCAAAUAACUUAUGAACUCUGCCCUCAAGGAUAUGGAGCAGAACUUCCUACUUUUCCAGUGUGAGCUGAAUAGUGACUUCCUUCCAAAAAUUACGUAUGAAAAGGGAGAAAAUAACUUUAUAGUGGAGAAAUCUGAUAAACACUAUCUCAGUUAGGUGAUCAAGAUUAACACUAACAGUAAUAAGUCACAUUGAUAAUAUGUACCUUUGAGAUGAAGUGAUAAGAAGGCCACUUUACCUCUCUGUGAUAUUCCUCUCAAAAACUAUAAUCCAGUCUAACUAUGAGAAAAAUAUCAGACAAACCCAAGUGGAAGAAUAUUCUACAAAUAUCUGACUACCUCAAAACCGUCAAGAUCAUCAACAAAGAAAGUCUGAGAAAUUGUCCCAGAAUAAAGGGGCCUAAGGGGACAUGACAUCUAAAUGUAAUGUAGUAUCCUGGAUGGGCUCCUGCAACAGAAAAAGAACUUUAAGUAAAAAUUAAGGGAAUAUUAAUAAAGUAUGCAUUUUGGUUAAUAAUGUAUCAAUAUUGGUUUAUUAGUUGUGACAAAUGUACCACAGGAAUGUAAAAUGUCAACAAUAAAGGAAAUUGAAUGUGGGGUAUAUAUAUGAGAAUGCUGUACUAUUUCUGCAACUUUUCUUAAAUCUAAAACUCCUAUAAAAUUUAAAAAUAAAAAGAAGAAAUGUGGAGUUAUUAUUAUUAUUUUUUGGCUCAGGAUUUGACCCAGAGCUAUGGUCUGGCAGAAUUUUCUCAGAGGAGGAAUACUAGCUAGUACCAGUCAUUCAAAUUACUAUGUUUUUCUAUGAUUUCUCCAUAAAUUAAGUUGCUUUAAUAAUGCAUAAUAUAACUUAAUGCAGCAGUUUUGCUUCUUUUGCUGAGUAAGUAUGGACUAUAAUUAUAGAGAAUGUAAAAUGGUGAUACAAAGUCAAAAUACACAACUUCUUAAAAUCA